AUGUUGCAAGAAUCCAUAAUUGGCACAUUUGGUGCUUCCAAUUCUGCCCAUGGAACAAACAACGAAGUGCUUAAAAUCGAGGUUUUAGUAGUAGGGGAGUAUGAUACCUUGCGUUUCAUAAGGGAAGCUCUUUCGAGAGCCACGUUGGACUUGGGUUUGUUGGAAACCAAGAUAGCAUUUCAUUAUUCAUACGAAGAUACCCCUUUCAUAGUAUCUUGUAAUGCACUUGAGCGUCCUAACAUGAUUGUUAUGGACCAUAACUUUGUUGUUCAGUUGGGGAGAGGUAAAAUCAAGAUACUUGUGGGCGGAUGGCAUGGGAAGAAGUGGGGAUCGAGGGUUGAUUUGACAGUGGUUACAGUGAUGCAGGCUGGUCAUGUGGAGGACGAAAAACUGAAUGCUUUGAAGGAACAAUGGAAACAAAGCGACAAAAUAACUUCUCCUUUUCCUUGGCUGAUUGAUGUUGUGUUCCUAAGGGAGCAACUUAAUGACCUAAAAGAGAUUCCCCUUUAUUUUGGAGUUUCUUUGACUUUGCAAGAGAGAAGAAGGAGAUUUCUGAACAGGCAGCUAGGAAACAUGAAAGGUCAAGUCCCUCCUCUCUUUUGUGCGGACGAGCAAUUCCUAACCAGACUCUUUGUCCUUCCUCCCUUUUGCGAAGUCAAAGCAGCUCCAAAGUAUAGGGGCAAUCUCUUCUAG